CCGCUGUCGCGGGUUGCGCGGGAUUCGCGAGUAGUCGUCGGUUCUCGCCUGUGGUGGUCACCGAGCUGAGCCUGGGUGGGCGCCGAGGCCGGAGCUGGUGCCGAGAGGUGACCUGGCUGGGCAGAGGGCGGGACUUCUUCCCCCUCGGCUGCGUUUUCCCAUCGUCCUCCCCUGCGCCCCGGGCCCUGCGCCUCCAGCGGUUUCCCUCCGCGUCCGCGGCUUGUUUUUUGGGGGCGCGGGCGACUCGGCGGCGCGCGGGCAGCCGGGGGACUGAGGCCGAUCGCGGUGCGGCUGAUGCUCCCGAGCGUGAGGCCGGGGACGAAGGGGGCCCGUGGCUGCGGCGGUGCCGCGUGAAGGGGCGUCGGGGCGGGACCCGCGGGCCUGCGCCCGGGGCCGCUGGAACCUUCCCCUGCCCAGGCCCCGGUGGCGGGAAGAAUGACCACGCUCACCAGACAGGACCUCAACUUUGGCCAAGUGGUGGCCGACGUGCUGUGCGAGUUCCUGGAGGUGGCCGUGCACCUGAUCCUCUAUGUGCGCGAGGUCUACCCGGUGGGUAUCUUCCAGAAGCGCAAGAAGUACAACGUGCCGGUCCAGAUGUCCUGCCACCCGGAGCUGAAUCAGUACAUCCAGGACACGUUGCACUGCGUCAAGCCACUGCUGGAGAAGAAUGAUGUGGAGAAAGUGGUCGUGGUGAUUCUGGAUAAAGAGCACCGCCCAGUGGAGAAGUUCGUCUUUGAAAUCACCCAGCCCCCCCUGCUCUCCAUCAGCUCAGAUUCCCUGUUGUCCCACGUGGAGCAGCUGCUCCGAGCCUUCAUCCUGAAGAUCAGCGUGUGUGAUGCUGUGCUGGAUCACAACCCCCCAGGCUGCACCUUCACAGUCCUGGUGCACACGAGAGAAGCUGCCACCCGCAACAUGGAGAAGAUCCAGGUCAUCAAGGACUUUCCCUGGAUCCUGGCAGAUGAGCAGGACGUCCACAUGCACGACCCCCGGCUGAUACCCCUCAAAACCAUGACGUCAGACAUCUUAAAGAUGCAGCUGUAUGUGGAAGAGAGAGCUCAUAAAAGCAGCUGAGGCUGCGUCUGCAACCCACGGAGGCCACGGCUGUGUGUCACUGGGGUCCCCAGCCCAGGGCAGGGACCCUGGCUCCCUGACUCCAAGUGCUCUUAUUGCCCCUGUAUGGCGCCUUCUCCCCACAGGGCUGCUCAGGUCGGCUUGCCAGGGUGGAGGAGAGGGCUGGGGAGGUGCGGUUGGGGGAGGGAGGGCCCAGCAGUGAGGGAUGCUGGGCCUGCAGGUUCUCACCUGGUGGGGGAGGGAGGCAGUGAGGGAUGCUGGGCCUGCAGGUCUCACCUCCUGGGGUUCAGUUGUUCACACUGUGCAUCUCAACUACUGUUCUGUGAGGUGUUUCAAUAAAGGGCCCCAAGGGCUGAUGGCUAUGUGUAA